AUGGUUGGUUUUGCUCAUGUUACUGCUGCCGGCAUUGCCAUCCUGAGCACGCUGGGCAACGUUGCUGCCUCUUCCGGCCCAGCUGGGGAUGACGCCUCCAUGGAAGCCAGGGACAUCAUGGAGGAUGUCGAAACUCGUGCUGUCUUGGAUGGCGACGACUCUGAUGUGGCUGCCCUAGACAAGCGCCUAUUCCCUCUUCUUGGACUUGCCGCCAAGGCCGGUAUCAAGGCUGGUGCCAAGGCUGGGGCGAAAAAGGCCGCCAAGAAAGGCGCCAAGAAGGGUGCUAAGAAGGGUGCGAAGGAGGCCGGCUCGCACAAGGCCAAGGAGAAGCACCGCGAGCAUAAGAACAAGAAGAACAACAAGCCCAAGAAGAACAACAAGCCCAAGAAGGGCGGCAAGAAGAAGGGCCGCCGAUCUCUGGAUGAUGAGUACUCUGUGCUUGAUGCCAGGGAUAUCCUGGAUGAGUUUUCUGAACUCAACUUCGAUGCUCGCGACUUCGAUGAGGACAUCCUCCUGGAGGCCCGCAGACUCGGCGGCCCAAUUAAAGUUGGUGGUAUGUUCUUGAACCGGCACAGGAACGGCGGGAAACUCCCCCGGCCUGCUGGAAGUCGCAAAUUGAAGACUGGCAAACGACCGUCCAGGGCCGGCGCGAAGAGACCUCGAUCCUUCGAUGAGGCUGCGGAAUUUUACGAAGAGUAA